AAGCCGCGCCCCCCGGAAGCCGCGUCCCCAGCCGCUCCGUCUCUUUCUGCCGCCAUCUUGGACCCCGCUCCCCGCACAAAAUGCCUGGCGAAGCCACAGAAACCGUCCCGGCCACCGAGCAGGAGCUGCCGCAGCCGCAGGCUGAGACGGGGUCCGGAACAGAGUCUGACAGUGAUGAAUCUGUGCCAGAGCUGGAAGAGCAGGACUCCACACAGGCCACGACACAGCAGGCACAGCUGGCAGCAGCGGCUGAAAUCGAUGAGGAACCAGUUAGCAAAGCAAAACAGAGCCGGAGUGAAAAGAAAGCACGGAAGGCGAUGUCCAAGCUGGGCCUUCGCCAGGUGACAGGAGUCACCAGAGUCACCAUCCGCAAGUCCAAGAACAUCCUCUUCGUCAUCACAAAGCCCGACGUCUACAAGAGCCCAGCCUCAGACACCUACAUCGUCUUUGGCGAGGCCAAGAUCGAGGACCUCUCCCAGCAGGCACAGCUGGCAGCGGCCGAGAAGUUCAAAGUGCAAGGAGAGGCUGUUUCGAACAUCCAGGAAAACACACAGACGCCCACAGUGCAAGAGGAGAGCGAGGAGGAGGAGGUGGACGAGACUGGCGUGGAGGUGAAGGACAUCGAGCUGGUGAUGUCGCAGGCGAACGUGUCCCGGGCGAAGGCUGUGCGUGCGCUCAAGAACAACAGCAACGACAUCGUGAACGCCAUCAUGGAGCUGACGAUGUAGCCGCUGGUGGGAGCAGCUGUUUUGGGGCCUCAAGGAAGGCGCAGCGCAGUCGUGGUUUGUACUGUUUCUAUCGACCAAUAAACGUUGUGGCUUAUC